UCAAUGGUCCACUGUCCAAAAGCUAAAACAAAAUAUGGCGACAAGCGUUGUAAACAAGGGGCAGUGCUCUUGAUUUUGUAAACCGCACAGGCUGUUCUUUGGCCUUGUGUUGUGUGUCUACCUUUUUUCCCCUUGCUGUCUUUGGGACCCAAUCAAGAAAUACAUCCCUAACAGCUCUGUAUAUGGCAGUGACAGUGUUCUAUUCCUAACAAAAUUAGAUAUAUAUAACUGCUCAGUGCUUUGGACCUUUCCUUGAUAACAAUGGAGGAAAAUGAUACAAAGAGCCAUGUUAGUGUUCACUGGUUUCGACAUGGUCUCCGUCUGCACGAUAACCCAGCCCUACUAGACAGCUUGGAGAACUGUCGAGAGUUCUAUCCAGUUUUCAUAUUGGAUGGAAAUGUUGCAGGUAUUAGCUCAGCAGCGUUUCCUCGCAUGCAGUUUCUAUUUGAGACUCUACAAGAUUUGGAUGACAACCUCAGGUCCCAUGGGUCUCGCUUGUUUGUACUGAGAGGGAAACCAGUGGAUGUUUUUGCAAAAAUGUUUGAGGAAUGGGGCGUUACCCGUUUGACGUUUGAGCAGGACCCGGAACCGGUUUGGCAAGAGCGGGACAAUAGUGUCAAAGCACUGUGUGACAAGCAAAAUGUUGAAUGGAUCGAACGAGUCAGCCACAUGCUCUGGGAACCACGCUUAAUAUUGGAAGAAAAUGGAGGUGAGCCUCCUUUGACCUAUGCUAUGUUCAAUCAAGUGGCACAAGUAGUAGGUCCGCCUCCAAAGCCAGUAGGUGAUCCAGAUUUCUCUGGCAUAAGUCUACCUUGUAGAAAGGAUGAUGAGGAAAGCUACAAGCUCCCUUCUUUGGAGGAGAUAGACAUUCGACCUGAGUCUGAGGAACAAGCAAGUCCUUUUGGAAGAUAUCUUGGUGGAGAGACGAAAGCCCUCAAGCUGCUCAGUUCUCGCUUAGAGAAGGAACAUGAGGCUUUCAGCAUUGGUCAGUGUCUUCCCACUCAGCUGAAUCCAAACUUGAUCGGCAUGCCCAUGAGCCUGUCACCUCACCUGCGCUUUGGCAGUUUGUCGGUUAGGAAGUUUUACUGGUCACUCAGGGAUACAUUUUCUCAGCUGUUUCCUGAUCGCCCAGUACCAGGCUCUAUUACCAGUCAACUCGUUUGGAGAGAGUACUUCUACUGCAUGUCAGUGAACAAUCCAAUGUACAAUCGCAUGAAGGAAAACCCAAUCUGUCUUGAUAUUGAUUGGUAUGAUGAUGAACAGAAAUUUGAGAAAUGGAAGAAGGGUCAAACUGGUUUCCCCUGGAUCGAUGCGUGUAUGCGGCAGCUGCUCCAGGAGGGCUGGAUCCACCAGGUGUGCCGUCAUGCUGUGGCGUGCUUCCUCACCAGAGGAGACCUGUGGAUAGAUUGGCAGAAGGGCUUGAAAGUGUUUGAUCGCUAUUUGUUAGAUGCUGACUGGUCCGUGUGUGCUGGUAACUGGAUGUGGGUGUCCAGCUCAGCCUUUGAGAAAGUGUUGCAGUGUCCCCGAUGUAUCUGCCCUGUACGUUAUGGCAAGCGUAUUGACCCAACAGGGGCCUAUGUCAGACGGUAUGUGCCAGAGCUGAAGCGAAUGCCCCUUCAGUACUUGUUUGAGCCAUGGAAGGCCCCUCUGAAGUUGCAGGAAGAGGUAGAUUGUAUCAUUGGUAAAGACUAUCCAGAGCCAAUGGUAGACCACAGAACAGCAUCAAAGGAGUGCAAAACUAAAAUGGAAGCGAUAAAGAAAGUGUCCAAAGAUGUGCCUCACAUUGCUCCUGCAAAUGAGGAAGAGGUGCUCACAUUGAUGUGGAGUGGAAAACAGACGCGGUCAGAACUGAUGGAUGCGUGUACGCACAACCUUGACAAAAUCUGCCUCUGAUGGAUUUUGGCUUCUUUGUCCUGCCAAACUUCUAAGUUAUAUCAGUGUUCAAAAGUACUUCAAGAGAGUGCUUCACCGUUUUUUUUCCAGCCCCCUUCAAAAUGACAUUGAGACUCCUUUUUGCUCAAAGGAAAUAGCUACUGUGUUCAAAUGUUCAA